CGCUCCUCCAUUUUAUUGCCCGCAAUGGCGGCAGUGUCUAGGUUGGGGCCGGGAUGCGGCGCUCUUGACUGAGCGGGUAGGCCAAGCGGAGGCUUCAGGGACAUCGGCCGCGGCGCAGAAGAAAACCAGCCUGGACGCCGGGGACGCUGUCAUGUACGGCGCGAGCGGAGGCCGCACCAAAACCGAGAGGAAAAGCGGAGCGAAGGAGGAGACCGGGCCCGGCGGUGCCGGCGGUGGGGGGAACCGAGUGGAGCUGCUGGUCUUCGGCUAUGCCUGCAAGCUGUUCCGAGACGAUGAGCGGGCCCUGGCCCAGGAACAGGGACAGCACCUCAUCCCCUGGAUGGGGGACCACAAGAUCCUCAUCGACAGAUAUGAUGGGCGCGGUCACCUGCAUGACCUUUCUGAGUACGAUGCUGAGUAUUCCACAUGGAACAGAGAUUACCAGCUCUCCGAAGAGGAGGCACGAAUAGAGACCCUGUGUGAUGAAGAGAGGUAUUUAGCCUUGCAUACGGACUUGCUUGAGGAGGAGGCAAGGCAAGAGGAAGAAUACAAGCGGUUGAGUGAAGCACUGGCAGAGGACGGGAGCUAUAACGCGGUGGGGUUCACGUACGGCAGUGACUACUAUGACCCGUCCGAACCCACGGAGGAAGAGGAGCCUUCCAAGCAGAGAGAAAAAACUGAAGCUGAAAAUUUGGAGGAAAACGAGGAGCCUUUCAUUGCCCCACUAGGAUUGAACGUGCCACCUGAUGUGGAACUGCCACCAACAGCCAAAAUGCACGCCAUCAUUGAGCGCACGGCCAACUUCGUGUGCAAACAAGGUGCACAGUUCGAGAUAAUGCUGAAAGCCAAGCAGGCCCGAAACUCUCAAUUUGACUUUCUACGCUUCGAUCACUACCUCAACCCCUACUACAAAUUCAUCCAGAAAGCGAUGAAAGAAGGACGGUAUACGGUACUGGCAGAAAACAAAAGUGAAGAGAAAAAGAAGUCGGGCGUCAGCUCUGACAAUGAAGAUGACGACGACGAGGAGGACGGCAGUUACCUGCACCCAUCCCUCUUCGCCUCGAAGAAGUGCAACCGCCUGGAGGAGCUCAUGAAGCCUUUGAAGGUGGUGGACCCUGAUCACCCCCUUGCAGCACUGGUCCGUAAAGCCCAGGCCGACAGUCCUGCCCCCACCCCACCCACUGCAGAUGGUGCAGCCGUGCAGCCCUCCCAGGUGGAGUACAGUGCUGACUCAACGGUGGCAGCCAUGUACUACAGCUACUACAUGCUGCCAGACGGCACCUACUGCCUGGCACCUCCCCCUCCAGGAGUUGACGUUGCCACUUACUACAGCACCCUGCCUGCCGGGGUGGCCGUGUCCAGCUCCACCGGAGUGACUGCCACUGCCCCACCCCCUCCAGGGACCACGCCACCUCCCCCACCAACCACGGCGGAGACGAGCAGUGGGGUGACCACCACCACCAUCACCACAAGUGCACUUGCUCCCGUGGCCACCAUCAUCCCCCCGCCCCCCGACAUCCAGCCUGUGAUUGACAAGUUGGCAGAGUACGUGGCCAGGAACGGCCUUAAGUUUGAGACCAGCGUUCGGGCCAAGAAUGAUCAACGGUUUGAGUUCCUGCAGCCGUGGCACCAGUAUAAUGCCUAUUACGAGUUUAAGAAGCAGUUUUUCCUCCAGAAAGAAGGGGGCGAGAACGCACAGGCUGUGUCAGCGCUGGAAGAGACUCCUGCAGAGUCUGCUCCUGAAAAGCCGAGUGACGUUGGGGAAGAUAGUGUGUCUGAAGACGCAGCCGACGUGGGGGGAAGAGGUGUCUCCUCGGGAAAGAAAGAGGCAUCGUCCAGCAGAGCCGUCCCAGACGGGAAGCUUGUGAAAGCUUCAUUUGCUCCAAUAAGCUUUGCAAUCAAGGCCAAAGAAAAUGAUCUACUUCCCCUGGAAAAAAAUCGUGUUAAGCUAGAUGAUGACAGUGAUGAUGAUGAAGAAAGCAAAGAAGGCCAAGAAAGUUCUAGUAGUGCUACAAACACUAACCCGGCAGUUGCCCCACCCUGUGUAGUUGUUGAGGAGAAGCGGCCUCAACUUACCCAGGAGGAGCUAGAAGCAAAGCAAGCAAAGCAAAAAUUGGAGGAUCGACUGGCAGCUGCUGCCAGGGAAAAGCUGGCCCAAGCGUCUAAGGAAUCGAAGGAGAAACAGCUCCAAGCAGAACGUAAAAGAAAAGCUGCUUUAUUUUUACAGACCUUAAAAAAUCCUCUGCCAGAAGCAGAAGUCGGGAAAGUUGAAGAGAGUGCUUUCAGCGUAGAGGAGGCUGCUUCAGUGCCCUGUCCUCUGCUGGCUGGGGGCAGACCUCUGCCGACUCUAGACGUGAAGCCUCCAGAAGGGCGCUCAAGCCGAAGCAAAGAGCCGCCGAGAGAAGAAGAGAGAGAGAGGAAAAAGAAAAAGCACAAAAAACGGUCUCGAACAAGAUCGCGGUCUCCCAAGUACCAUUCUUCGUCCAAGUCAAGGUCUAGGUCCCACUCAAAAGCAAAGCAUUGUCUUCCCAGUGCCUAUCGGACAGCGCGGCGCUCGAGAUAGAAUAACCCAUUACAGACAUAAUGUCUACAUAGGAUAUAUCAGACUUGUUUCUUGGGCCUGACACAGUUUAAUCGAUUGUUUUAAAAAGACUACUGCCAGCUUCAAGUAAAAUGACUUUUGUUAAUAUUUCUGCUUGGGGUAGGAUGCUACAGUUGAAAUAUAUUUUCUUUUGUAUAUUAAAUUACUAAAGUCCUAUGUAAAAUGUAGAAAUUUAAGAUUAAAAAGCUUUACUAUCAUAAGUAAUUUUUAUGUUAAUGUAUUAAUGCUUGUGUGGUUGAAGUCCCAUUUAUCAAAUAUGUCUAAAUUAUUGAUGACUCUGGCUCUCCAAAGGUGAAUUAGUCAUAGAAAAAUCUUUAGUUUUGGAAAUCAGUCUGUUGCUUCUCAGAAAGCACAGUGAUUACCGCAAGGCAGUAUUUAGUGUCUUUUAAAUCAACAUUGAUUAAAGUAUAAGACUUCUUUCUCUGUUGUUUUCUGCUUUUAUAUCGCAUUAGGUUUUAUAUCUUAAUGGGAUAAAGAUGUACUCAUGCAAUUUACUGCCUAAAAUUAAAAUCCAGUUUUACCAGUUUAGGUAUUUUAAAACUAAACUCAAUGAGACUAAAGCUUGAAAUUCAGUUUAUUUGUAAAGCUUUUAAUAAGAUCGCCUGUGGUGUCAUUUCAUUGGUUAGUUUGUGUCUAAGGGGGUUUCUAGGUAGAACUCUGCACCCCCACGUUUUGGGGUGCUCUCUCUGGAGGAUAAUGGGCCCUUGUGUCACUUCCUGAAGUAAAGUUCCCUCAGGGCUUUUCACUCAAGGAGAGGCUGGAGGUUAAUGUGGCUUUUAUAACAGUUAUAUUUAAUGUUCAAAAAGAACUCAGGUGGGCAAAAUUGGGGUCAUAUUUUAGUUUGAAAUUUGUAAUUCCUUACUUCUUCCCCCUGGUAAACUGCAUAUCUAGUCAGUGAGUGAGUGGCUCAUCUCCUGACCCUGAUCUCUAAAGGAACGUGGGCACUGACGUUCCCACGAGGAGACAGCGCACAGGCUGGUUUCCCGAAAGUGAGUCGUAACCCCAGACAGAGCCUCAGCCAUUGAUAGCAGUGCUGGGGAGGAAAGCUGUGGGAGACACUGGCCCCUCGGGAGAGGAGGAAGGAUUUGUGAGUGAAGUUGGGUCCACAGUUCAAAAGUGAAAAGAACUAAAACCUGGGGUCCUCUUGGUUGUUCAAGCCAGUUGGUACCAGAUCCUUGCUGCCAGGGCACCAGUGAACUUGUUCAGUUCCACGAGGACCUGUGAGUAGUCAAGUAACAGGAGUGAAGAAGUGGGUCACAGAAGUGGUUAAACGCUGGUAGAAGAAGCUACUUAUAAAUAUCUCAUCGUUCAGGCAAAAGAUUUCCUUAUGCUUUUAUUCGACAGCAAACCAUUAUGAUUAUUUAAGAAAAAAAUAUCCAAGUUGCAUCAUGCUUGAAGUUUUUUGAAUUCAGACUAUUUCAUCUCCAUAAGGCCUCUGGUCACGUUAUACAGAUGAUUUACGUAAAGAAUGGAAUUCCUGUUUCUUGCACUGUGUCGUGGUAACAAUAUUAAGAGCCUACUUAAUAGAAUAAAAGCAUUAGAGCUUCUUUAAUCAUAAUAAAACCCAAGUAUUAUCUGGCAUAGCUCACGGCCCUUAAUUCUGAGUUGGGCUUUUUUCCCAGAUGACUUGAAAUCUACUGGUAACAGCCACUUCACUUUAAAGAAAUCUAAUACUCAUAGCCACUGCUAAAUGGUAUUGUAUUUCAAAGUUACAAAUUUGCAGACAUUAAAAACUAAUCCAUUGUCCUGAUUAUUGAGUUUAUUGCAGAAUUCUGCGUCUGAGCGUUCCAUAGGUGCUAUAGUUUUGAUUAAGCAGAGCCCUUUUUUCAGGGUUCUAGUAUGCCCAGCUCAGCACAUUUUAUCUGAAUGUGAAGUGUGUACCUCCGUAUCACAGACCCACAGCCUCCCCAGGGACGCUGAGCGCGGAGCCUUGUCAGAGCAGCUCGGCAGUGGCAGCAGCAGCAGAGCGGGCCAGUUAUCAGGCAGC